GACCUGGCCCUCCAAUAAUAGAUUCUAUAAUUCUCGGUUUAAUAACACUAAACGUCAUAUGGUUCCCACCCUCGGAACGUAACGGUGAGAUAAUAAACUACAAAGUGUGCGCCAGUUUGAUAGGUCAUCCGUCCAUUUGCAAUAAUGAACCAAAGACCAUUCCAAGCAGCGGGAGCACCAUACGUGGUCUUAAUCCAGGAACCAGGUAUGCUAUAUCACUGUCGGCUUCCACGGGUGCUGGCGAGGGUACUGCUCAAAAUGUGUCAAGAGAAACUGUUAGAAGUGGUAAGUAAUACUGGCUUAAACAGACCUAAGCGUUUGAUGUGCGUAAUUGCACCCGUACACAGGGCCGUCGUUAUAGGGGGUAGGGUGAGACCCCCUGAAAACAUCUUGUCGGCAAAUUAACGGAUUUAUUGGCAAAUUGUUUUCGUAGUUAGCGAAAAUAUUUGAGUGGCUCGGAUUGAAAAGUAAGAGCUAUAACAAUUAUAUAGCAAAUAUAGCCAGGCAACUGGUCCUUCUACACAGGGCCAUCGCUAGGAUGGUUUUGGAAUGGGGCGGGGGGAUCUCCCCUGAAAACAUGUUGUCGGCAAAAUAAAGGAUUUUUCCUGCUUAAGCCUCUUCGCGACGGCCCUGCUUCUACAUUUAACAUUUCCAUACAUUACCUUGUACGAGGGUUAUCACAACUGUGCGUGCGUGUUGCAUAGCCUGUUCUUAUGAUUUCUCUUUAGUCCUGAUUUAAAAGCACUAAAGUUACACGUCUGAUGUGACAUUUUGGUAAUAAAGAGUUGAUAAUAUAAUAAUGCAGUCCAACAUCUCUAUGACGAAGGUCACAACUUUAAAUUUCACAUGUCUAACAUGCUUUAAUAAAGUAAGAUGUCUGGAAAGAAACAGUCAUUGCAUAUGGUAUUGUUCAUGAAUUUGAUUAAACUAGUAUCUGUUUCGCUUCUGGUAAUUCCGCAUUCUGUUAUUGCUGGUCAAGCACUGUCGUCUUUAUAUGUUUAGUUAUUGAUGAUCUUGGAUAGAGGAAUUAGAUCCAAGUAUUCGUUCCAAUAUGUUAAUGCUAAAAGGUCAAGUUGAAGUGGCCUUGUUGUAUAUGGAACAUUGGUGAUAAGCUGAGCUUUAAAAUGUAUAUUCUUGCACUUGUUCGAUAUUCCAAUUAAUUGAAUGGAUUGCGGGGAAGAAACCUCUGAGGCAGAUAUGCAAAGUAUAUUUGGAGGUAUAAGUAUUUCCUUACUUCAAUAUCCUGUGUUUCCAUAGUAACCCGUCUGAUGAAGCCAAGUGGUUGGUUAGCUUUUGACCGUACCUGCAUGCUCACCUGAACGUUCUACCUUAAGUUCGGACUGAUAUAAUAACACCUAGGUCGAUGGAUAAUGUUCAAAGAGGUUGGUUUGCCAUGUCAUUUUGUAAGUUUGUUAUAUACUGUCUAGAUUAAUGCUAAUGUAAUUAUGUAAUUCAGGGGUCGCCGUUAUUGUAACCAACAACCAUAGUAUUCUAUCUAAAUAGCAGUUAAAAUAAACUGUACGGCACCUGAACUGUUGAAUAUCUUGCUUAACAGUACUUCUAAAUCCAUAAAAGAUUGUGAUAUUAUGCAAAUACUGUCUAUUUCCAAAAUCCGCCAUAUUUAUUUACAUUAGAACCCAAGCAUUCGCGGUUCACACGAAAUAUUGCGUCGGUGAUUUUCACUAAUAAUAAGAGGGUAGGAUCAAAGUAAGCGUUGUUACUCGCUAACCCAAUCAGCUGUCUGGGUUCCGUACCACGUGACCUCUUAAAUCGUCCCGAGCGUGAGGAAUCUUAUGACAUCAUAGCGGCCUCGAUAACUGAUAUUCUGGGGAUACGUUUGCGCCAUUUAAGGAAGUUGAGGACACGUUUGUGCCAUAUAUGGAAGCAUGGUUUCUUCUCGCUUCGAACGAUGAAAUAAGUGGAUCAUCUACCCUCUUAUUAUUAGUCAAAAUCACCGACGUAAUAUUUCGUAUAUGUAUACAGGUAUGAUUGAAAAUAUACAGUAUUUGCAUAAUAUCUGAAUGUUCUAUGUACUGUUUAAUAAACGAGCAGGAGUGUUUUAUUAGGUUUAGUAAACGGCUUCAAACACGACUACAAAUUCAAUAGAUUUACUGAUUAAUUAGUAUUCUUUAUAUAAAAAAUACUAAUGAGGACACGACUACAAUAGAUACUGCCUUAUUAGUAUUCUUUAUAUAAAGAAUACUAAUUAGGAGUGUUUUAUCAGGUUUAAAGCCACUGCACGUGACAUAUUAUGGUUGACAUGAUUUGCCAAUAAGCUUAUGAAUUAUAAUGAGUGUUUGAAGGAUUUAGAAGCACUGUCAAGCAAGAUAUUGAACAAUUCAGGUGCCGUACACUUUAUUUUAAUUGCUAUUUAGAUAAAAUACUAUUGUUGUCAAAUUGAUUUGGUCCUACAGUCCGUGUUGUAUUCCCUGCCGCUACAAUCUACAUGUUAUAUUUUUGGAAGUUGCUGCAUUAUUUCAUUAAAUCAUUUACAUGGCCUGUGGUUGUUCGCCGCCAAGGCUAUAUAUAUAUAAGAGUAACCAAUGGUGAUGUUCUUCUGGUUAUGGAGAGAAUUCAGAGAGCGUUACUUUAAACUUUGAUUGAUUAAAGCGCAGUAUAUAUUUUCACCUGACCAACAGUGAAGGCUCUCAUGUAUAUCCUCUUGCAAAGCCAAGGCAUCACAAUGAUUAUGUUCUUAUCUGUACAGCUUCCUCAAACCGAUCUUUGUAGAAGUAGAUUUGCAGCUACGUAAAAAAUAAUAGACGGUUUUAGAUAACAAGACGCAAACGUCAAGAGGACGUGAAAAUGACGUAUGCACCUCGCGUUCACUUCCGGGUUUUAAUCUGGGACGGCUUGUUUGUCUUUUUCGAAGCACAUUUUUGUUUUCUUGUUACCUUUUCAUUCCUUUAUUGUUUUCAAUCAGUUGUAAAGAUAUGUGCAAGAAAAGACUAUAUAAUACUGGCCAAGUGUUUCCUGAUGAAAUAGUAUGAACAUUCAAUAAGUUGUUUUAGAAAAACCGUUAUAUUUAGGUAUUUUGAAAAGUGAACUUUGUUGCAUCAUUUGGAAUAAAUACAAUAGCUGCAGGUAUUGUUUACGAGCUAAAGGCUUUAUUGUAGCCUAUUCAAUCAAAUUUGACAACUGUUCAGUAUAAAUAUAGCAUCAGUGUUUAUAAUGGUAAAAUUUAAUACUGUUUACGAUAGUUUUUCACGCUGGAAUGCGUUUUUUUUGCUUGUCCUACUUUUUGCACUGUUGUGACAGAGCAACUAAAAUUGAUCGAGUUUAUACUGCUUUUAAAUGCUUUUAUUUUUCUAUUUUCCCACGUUUUCCUGAUUUUAAACAGUUGUUAAUAUAACUUCAGUUUAGUCUGUUCUAAAAUAUUUGUUUUGGUGAAGAUUAUUAGCGGUAUUGAAGUGAUUAUUAAUUAACAAUGCUUGCAGUUUUGUUGAUUUGUUUAUGGCGACCGAAAGUAUUUGUCGAAAAUCAACUCGUCUAAAAUUUAACGAAAUACAAGAAAAACAACCUUGUCAAUGGAAAAACUUUAGCUAGUAUCAUUAAACAAUACAUGGGGAACAAAAUAGGAUGAUUUUUAUUAUGCAUAUAGUCUCAUAUUUUUUCAUAAGAAGCAAAAAUCUGUGACGUUCUAGAGAGGACGUGAAAAUUGUAUUUUCGCGUCGUGAAAUCGUCCAAGACGACGUCGCAAACCAGAAGCUGACGAUAGUUGGCGCCAAAUGACGACAUCCACGUCCUCUUGACGUCCGCGCCUUGUUAUCUAAAACCGUCUAUUGAUCCUUGUGGAACUCCAGAUGUUAUAGGCUAAGACUUAGAUGUUAUACACACAAGGCAGUUACCCGUUCAAAAUGUACUGACAAAUAAUUUUUAAACCGGAGGAGGACAGAGCCUGAGAAACGAAAAUCUGGCAAUUUUUGUAACAGUUAAAAUCAAAAUCAGUCUACGGUAUAUAAACCUUUGUACAAUUCUUUCUGUUAGUGUGUAAAAUUAAUAAUAUAUAACUGAGUUGUGCAUGAUCUACCAUUGACGAAACGGUACUGUGCUGAGUGAAUGUUGGAUUCGGUAUACGGUUGAGGAAACAUCAUUCAAGACUGUCUUGCUUAUAUAAUGUGAUCUUGGUUUCAAAACAAACCAAUCAAAUUAAUUCACGAACAAAUAGCCAAAGCUCGUUGGUUUCCGUGACCGGACCAAUAACAACUUUCUAAAAAUUAUAGUAGUAAACAAAUAUAGCUAAGUAAUAUUUAUGUAUAGAAAUAAACUAAGCAGUUUACAAAUAUAGCUAAGUAAUAUUUAUGUAUAGAAAUAAACUAAGCAGUGCUUCCGCUUAAAUCGAAAUUUCCGUUUCGGAAGAAAAUCUCCUUUUUCAUGAAAUUUUCAGGUAAUCCUUUAGAGGAAUAACAAUGUAUAAAGAGACUGUAAAGCCAUACUUUGUGUAACUGCUGUCGAGGUCAAUCGUGCAUGUGGCGCAACUCGGAGAUGGGAAGAUUUCCUAUUCAUGAAAUGUGCAUAUGAGCCAAUCAGAGAGGGGGCGAACGGGUGAAUUUCCUAUACUCGGGAAGUGGAGUGCUAUUUUCACGCAGUUGAAUUGGUUCCUCAACUUCGGAUAUCCUUGCACUGUUCACCUUUGGAGAAAAACGAAAUGGCGAUAAAGUUUAACUGUGUGUAGAGGUUUUCUUUAAUUAAUUAAAACUAUUUCUAAUGAAUAAAAUUACUAAAAGCGUGUAAAUUAUGCCGUUUUGUUUACAACUGAAUACGGGAGCUGAAAUACAAAUUGUUUAAUAAAAUAUUUUCGUUGUUUUUUUGUCAUAUUUCUUUUGAUUACUUUUCACGUACUAUUCGCAGAAUUAUUUUUAACUGUCAAAUUGUCUCUUAGGAAGCCAAAGUUGUAUUCUGCAAUUACCCCAAGGGCCUGGCCGGUCCUGAAACUUCGCACUACCCUUGACAAUUGAAAAAUCCCCUAAAAAUAUCACUUUCCCAAACAUUAUAUGUUAUUAUGCGUAAUAUAAUCUUCAAUUCAAUGUAAAAUUUUACCGCAAACGCUUCGCAAAACGUUUUAAAAUGGUUUUUUUUAUAAAACUAAACUGCCUUUGUCGAUAAACUGUGAGUUUGAAAUAAAUUAAUUUCAAAGUCUCGCAUGUAAAUAGUUCGCUUUCUUUUUUGUAUAAGAAUUUUAAUAUAGUAAGAAAGGGUAAUCAAUAAAGAUACACUAAAAUUAUGUGCUGUCUUUUUUCAUUUAAAAUAUACGCAACGAUCACCUUUUUAAAUCAAUCAUAAAGCAAACAAUACAUCAAUACAGACAAUAUUUAAAACAAACUUACAUUCGUUAACUUCGUUACAAAUGAAGAAAUAUUUGCUAUAAUUUCGCUCUCGCCAUUAAAUUGGACCAAUCAGUGUUCGCUGUUCACCAGUGAGGUGACCCACGUCCGCGAUUAUUGAUCGCGAAUAAAAAAAAUUCACUUGUUUAACGUGGCUCCCUAGGAUUUUUGCAUUAUAAACAACACUGUAAUAUCCAGGAGACUCCUGUUUCGAAGUUCUUCUCUUUACAUGACAUGAAGACGAAAUUUAUUGGACACAUUGACAAUGCUUUCCUGAACAUUGCAAUUUGCUACUUUCAUGUUGAAAGUCUGUUACCAUGGCAACAGCAUGCUUAGAAUAUAGCUCAAAAUUUGUCUUUUCCGGCGGUUUUAAAAAUUCCCUUGGAUAAAUUUUUUAAAUCUUUGCAUAAAAUAUAAUACUGGUAUAAUGAUUUUUUCUUCAAUUUUAAAAAAUUCUAUCGAUAAGUUUCUUAGAAAAUUAAACGUCAAAAAUCAAUAUUAAAAAAUUUCCUUGGAUAGAAUUUUAAGAAAAAAGGAUAUUGCACUUGUUUAGCCGAUAUUAAGUUUUAAAACAAAUUUUACCGAAGGAAAAGGGAGAAUUUUAUGUUUAAUUUUGACAUUUUUUGCGAGAUGUGACGUGUAUAAUUAUCACAUCAGACGCGUACGAUAAAAACUCGUUUCUAGCGUGGGGUCCGGCGUGUAUUUUGUUUUUUUUAUUUGUUUUUAUUUUUUUAGCGCUUGAUGGUGACGUAAAAGCUGACGUCACUUCGAACGUGGCUGUUAGUGACACAAAGACACAAAUAGGAUUCAGGCUGCCAAGCGUAAAUCUUAGAGAAAUAGGGAAAAUACAGUAAGUACAUUUUUUGAAUACAUCAAAAGGCGGUACGAUUCUAACCUGAAAUCAUGCUCUGUAUUACAUACAGAGUCUGUCACACUAUAAGUCGUUUUAUAUUUAGAAUCCAAUCAAAAUGUGCCAGGAGGAAAUUUCAAUUUCAUAUAACAACAAGCUAACAAUAGUUACAACCACUAAAAACAUCGUUAUCUGAUUAGCCCUAACCAAUCAAACCAUAGUUAAAUACUGGGUGUCCCAAAAAACUUGCGCUAUUUGAUUUAAUGUAACAUAAAACCUAUAAAAGCUAUUUAACAAAAUAAGUUUUAUUGUAUUCAGAAAGGGCUAACUUAGAUUUUGAUAUAUAACGUUUGAAUUUCCGUGCAACAUUGACUGAGUUAUCUAUUUUUUAAAUCGAAUAAGCAUGUUUGACAAUGUUAAAAAUUUGCAUAAAAUUGCCCAUCAAACAUUAGCCUAUUUGAUUUAACUUGAUAUAGGCUAUAGUUUUAUUGUGGCCAAAAGAAUGAAUGAAAAACAUAAUUGUUGGACAAACAUUUAUUCAUUCAACAAAGUCCACAUUAAUACAAAGAACAAAGUCCACAUUAAUACAAAAUCACACAUUUUGAUUUAGGCAAAAAAAAGUAAAUUCCCGUAAAGAACUUAUUAAAAUUAGUAAAAUUGCAAAAUUUGGUCGCGAAAUGUUGUAAGAUACAGAAAAUAUAGCCUUGCGAAGUUUGCAUAUUUUCAGUAAAUUUAUAUUACGUGCGGAAAUUGUUACCAUUUUUGAGCCGAAAAUGGUGACAAUUUCCGCACGUAAUAUACAAAUAUAUUGAAAAUAUGCAAACUUCGCAAGGCUAUAAUUAUUUUCUGUAUUUUACAACAUUUCGCAACCAAAUUUUGCAAUUUUACUAAUUUCAUUAUGUUCUUUUUAACUGUUGAGUUUGACUCCGUUUUCUUUACUUAGGUUAAAAUUUAGUCUAACAUGCAAGUUGUCCAUUGAAACAGACUUGUCCUAUACUUUAGGAUUUCUCAUACUAAAUCAAUUCUUAUAAAUGCUUACGUUUAAAAAUGGUAAAAAGUUUUACAAUUUGUUAUGUGAAACGAUUUUGCAAGCUUUCCGACAUGCAUUUUUUUAUAUUUGUUGCCUCUUCACUCCUGGCAAACAGCCAUAGAAUGAAAAACAUGAUUGUUGGACAAACAUUUAUUCAUUCAUCAGAGAAAGUAUGUUCUCUUGCACAUAUACAAUGUCUUGCACGGAAAACCAUUAAAACCCAAACGUUUUGAUUUUUUGUUAUUCCAGGCAUAUUCGAAAGGCGAAGGCAUAUUCGAAUGCUAAAUUUAUACCACGAACUUCCAAAGGACGUCAAGUAUACUUUCGUCCGAUUUUAAAUGUUUCAUUCUAAUUUCGCUUCCAAAGAAACACGAAAGCUAACUCACUAGGCAUUACCCGAAAUUAAAGUUAAGUUCAAUUGCUAAAAUUGAAAUUGCAAAUUUUUGUGGAAAUGAUAUAGCGUGAUAUUUUUGCUAGAAACAGCCAAUCAGAGCUACAACCAUACAAGCUGUUGUACAACACAAACAUUUAAUUUUUCUUCGCCCACUCACCGCGAGAAAAAUAAAGGCCUGAUCGCAGGUUAAUAUAUACAGCUAUUUCAAUUAAGGUUGCCCACGAGCAAAGCGGAAUAGUCGAAUACGAGCGCGAAAGGCUGCUGGGAACCGCUUUGAAAAUUCAUUAAUUUAAACAUAAAUUUUCCCAGCAGCCUUUCGCGCUCGUAUUCGACUAUUCCGCUUUACUCGUGGACAACCUUAACUGAAAUAGCUGUAUACAAUUCCUGCCGUUAGGAAUUUAUUCAUACUUCAUCGUUGUAUCAAUGAUAGGGUCCCCACCCUAUGACGGAACCAGUGCUCCCAGAAAUGUUUUGAGUUACCAGAAAAUAUUUAAUGUUUUCCAAAUUUAGAUAAAAGGAAUCUGCAUAUCCCUGCAUGGUGAUUGUAUUCUACCGUAAACCUCCGACAAUUAGCCCUGGGCUUAUAUACUUUCGUAUAAGCGAUUUUUGAUGGGCUUAUACAAGGGGGGGGGGGGGUUAUACACGAGGAACUAAAACAUGGACGAUCUUUUGUGUUAGUCAUAAAUAAGUCAGACAUAAACAAGUCGGUCAUAAACAGGAAAAUAAACAUGUUUUAAUAACGCACUUUGAUUAACAUAGUAAGCUAUAAAGACAAUCAAUUAUGACAAUGUUUUUAAAUAUCGUUCUCUGCUAUAUUAAAAGCAGGGGUGGUAGGUAUGCUGAAUAAUUACCGUCACACUAAUCCUUUCUUUUCUUGUUUUCUAAACGGCACUAAUUUGGCCUAAUUAUUCAUCUAUCUUACCAACCCUGAUUAAAAGACAAUGUCAAUGUUGCAUGAAUAACGUAGUGGGCUACUGGGCUUUUAUUCGGGGGACUUAAAUUCGGGGGCUUAUAUUCGGGGAGGGGCGGCUUAUAUUUGGAAUGAGGUGAGCGUUAGUUUAUGUGGUGGGCUUAAAGUCGGGGGGGAGGGGGCUUGUAGUCAGAGGUUUACGGUAUAGUAGUGCCCUUUUUUGGCAUCUUCAUUUAUAUCCUAUGAUCAGGGACUUGAUGCAUGUUAUCUACAUUACUUUUAUGCUAUAUUCCUAAACGUAUUAUUACGAUUCUGAGUGCACUGAAAUUAAUUUUUUUCUUUCUGCAUUGCGAAGUAAAUCCAUGCAUUUGGGCAAUUCAGUAUCUAUAUAAGAAAUAAAUUUUAUCAGAUCCCGACAUUUUGAUAUAUACUCUAGCUUUAUGCAUUUUAGCGCGUUGUUUGAAUUAAACAGUUAAUCUCCUUUAUGGAAAGGUACAGGAUUACGUAUGUACACAAUCGAAAUUUUAAAAUGUCUUUUUAGGCGUUUCGAUGUUAUUGUCAAACGCUGGGAUACCACCAAAGACAAAAAGACAGAUCUUCGUAAUACACCUCAAAGUGGCUUAACACAUUUCAACAAGUCUGCUAAUGGGAUGAAGGCGUACAUAGCCAUUACAAAAAAGGGGUACGAAAACAAUAUGAAAAUCGUUGUUGGAGAUAAUUCGAAGUCUAGUAACAUGUCCCGACGAAAGCGAAGGAAUGUCGAUGAAUAUCAAAAUGCUCCUCUCAUUGAAGAUACGCAGUAUGCAAUAUUUAUACGGGUGUUUUAUAAUAAAGAUAAG